GGGACGCGCGGAGCCGCCGCUGCCCCGGAGCCGCCGCGCUAUGGAGCCACCGGGCCCCGCCGGGGCGCCGGGCCGGCCCUGGGAUGAAGCCAAGGCUUUCUACGACAAUCUCGCCCCCAAGAAGAAGCCCAAAUCGCCCAAACCCGAGAACGCCAUCACCAUCGCGGUGUCCUCGCGGGCGCUGUUCCGCAUGGAGGAGGAGCAGAAGAUCUACACGGAGCAGGGCGUGGAGGCCUACGUGAAAUAUCAGCUGGACCACGAGAACGAGCCCUUCCUCCCCGGGGCCGCCUUCCCCUUCGUCAAGGCUCUGGAGGCGGUGAAUGCUCAGCUCCGUGAGCUCUACCCCGACAGCGAGGAGCUCUUCGACAUCGUCCUCAUGACCAACAACCACGCCCAGGUUGGGGUUCGCUUGAUCAACAGCAUCAACCACUACGAUCUGUUCAUCGAGAGGUUCUGCAUGACGGGAGGGAACAGCCCCAUCUGUUACCUCAAGGCCUAUCACACCAACCUCUACCUGUCCUCCGACGCCGAGAAAGUGAGUGGGGCCAUUGAAGAGGGGAUCGCUGCAGCCACCAUCUUCAGCCCCAGCAGGGACCUGGAGGUGUCGGAGAAGCAGCUGCGGGUGGCGUUCGACGGCGACGCCGUGCUCUUCUCGGAUGAGUCGGAGCAGAUCGUGAAGGCCCACGGCCUGGACAUGUUCUUCGAGCACGAAAAGGCCCACGAGAACAAACCCCUGGCACAGGGCCCCCUGAAGGGUUUCCUGGAGGCGCUGGGGAAGCUGCAGAAGAAGUUCUACUCCAAGGGGCUGCGGCUGGAGUGCCCCAUCCGCACGUACCUGGUGACGGCGCGCAGCGCGGCCAGCUCGGGGGCGCGGGCCCUAAAGACUCUGCGCAGCUGGGGCCUGGAGACGGACGAGGCUCUGUUCCUGGCCGGGGCUCCCAAGGGGCCGCUGCUCAGGAAGAUCCGGCCCCACAUCUUCUUCGACGACCAGAUGUUCCACGUGGAGGGAGCGCAGGAGAUGGGCGCCGUGGCCGCCCACGUCCCCUACGGCGUGGCCCAGAAGCAGAAGCGGGAGAAGCAGCAGACCCCCAACAGCAAAUAGUGGGGCUGGGGGAGAUCCCAGAGCCUCCAGCACCCACCUCACCCCCUGGGCCACGCUCCCUGCUCGUGCAGGGGGGGUUUGUUGUGGGAGUGGGAGCUCAUCCCCCUGUUAGGGGCAGGGAGACAGGAGGAACACCUGGAGGAGGAGACACCUCGGUGCCCACGGAGGUGUUGUGGCAUUGUCCCCGUUCCUCGUGGGGCUCCUCGGUGCCAGGAGAUGUUUUCCCAGUUCCUCCCAGCACUCGCUUCGGGCAAAGAUCCCUCGAGGAUGGCUCUGCCUUGUGUGGAAUCUUUGUGCCAGGCAGGUUUAAUCUAUUUAUUUAAAAUCCCCCAAGCCACUCCCAGAGCCUUGUGGCUUUCCCAAGCAAAUGUUCCAGGCUGAACUGUUGAACUGGAAAGUUGGGAGCGCCCAAAAAAACCUUCCAAGCAGCUUUGAAACAAAAUUUUGUCCUUUUUGACUGGAAUUAAUUGUUCCUUCACAGCCCCAGCUGCUGCUUCCCAACCAGAAAACACUCAGUGUCUGUCCUUUCACCAAGAUUUUGCCAGCUUAAAUUUGGGAAAAAUAGAAAAGAAACACUUAACAUAUUAAAAAAGGAAAAGAAAAAAAAAAAAAAAUCCUAUUUCCUGCUUGGAACUUUGGGCUGGUGUAUUGUUGGCCCAGGUUUUUAAUAUUUGGGUUUGACACUUGCAUGAUUUAGCACUUAAAACUAAUAAUCUCAGUGAGCAUCCAAAGCCCAGCUUGUCCAAGGGCUGCAGACACACGCCCAGGGCUUGAAUUUAAGUUAAAAGCAGGCCCUGAUAUAUUUAGGGACAUUUGAAGUCCAUUUAGGUAAAUGUGCAGAGAAUUUCAGCCUAGGGAUUUCAAUUAGAGGAUUUUUUUUCCUCCCUUUCUAGGCUGAGCCCAUAAUCUUUUUCUCCUCAGCUCCUUAAAAACCUCUGGUGUUUCCUAAAAUAGACACCUCUGUUAGCGA